GAGAUCCCCGCCGAAAACCCCGUCGGCGCACAUGGUAAGGCCACCCCAUUUUCUUCGUAGCCUUUUACGCUUGCAUCUUGCAUCGAGUUUAACUUUACCAUUGAUCGUGGCACAACUCACGGGGAAGAGUGGCUGGUUUCCCUGUGUUUCUGCAGCCACGCAUUCUGCCAUAUUUCUUUCUGCGAAAUUUUAAGACAGUCUCAGCCUUGAUAUUUUAUUCUUCGGACCUAGACACCUACUCAUCAUUUUUCUUACUGGACGAUGGAACCGAGUUGUCGACAAGAUGCUUCCCAUGUUAAGGCGGCUUUUCCGCACCAGUGCGAACGACGAUGACGCUAAAAAGAACAAUGGGAUAUUACCAGACGCGCAACGCGACAAACGCGCCAUUCAUGAGUCAAUAUUCAAGAGUGGUCAGCUUCCGCCCCGGGUGCCUCCUCCGAUCCAGGAGAAGCGUCGCAUUGACGGGUAUGGGCAAGUCAGCGAAGAAAUUCUCACCAACGUGUUUAUCCCCAUCCUGGCUGCCCCAGGGGUCGGCGUACGGUCGUUUGUGAAUAAGUCUCGAUACGGCCAUAUGGAUCAUGGCUUGCUACAGGCUGAAUUUGCUAUUGGCCCCCCACAAUAUCUUUGCGACGGGAAUGUUUAUUCUGUCGGUUUGGCCAAGCUGCCACUGCCUCAUUUGCUCAAGAGCGGUUUCGCAGUCGAAUCAAAGCGAAUGGCCUUGGUUCUUGCGUUUGCAGUCGAUGACGCAUCCUCUGUCGAGGAGGCCAAAGACCUGUACAGGCGGCUUACUCAAUCUUUCAAGUUGAAGUCUCCUGGGAAAUCGCCUCUUCCUUUCCCCGCAAUGCUUCUCGGGAUGAAGGCGGAUCUUCGACCGUCGUACUCACUUGGAGGGUCUUCGAGUGACCAAAAUUCCUUGUACCAGCAACCGACAAAUACGGACCCCGAGACUCAAGAAGCCGAAGAUAUAUUCCUAGAUAUGGACGAAGGACCACGAGAUGCAGCAAAAAAGUUUGCAAAGCAAAAUGGGCUUGUUUACGACGAAUGCUCGGCCAAGACUGGGUACGGAAUGUUGACGGCGAUUGCUGCGCUGGUGGAGAAAAUGGAGGCGGCCGCUCAGGCGGAUCCGAACCCCGAGGAGACAUUGGAAGCCAUGCGUAAUGUAUGGAUCCCAACAGUUUCGAAGAUCAUGGAGCAUCGAGAGGCCACAGAUCUUGCCCUUCCAGGUCGCGCCGUGGUGUCUUCGAGGACCACAUAGGACGCUGGCAGUUGGCAUAGCUGGGUCCACUGAACAUAGCCUUGGGGUGCUGCCUUGGCCAGGUAUUUAAUUUCUUGGGAAGUUUGCAUGGGCUUGCGGUUUCUUAACGUAUGACAGGAUACCACAGAACUGGCGGGACUCUCGCAAGCAUUUGUUAAUUAUCAUUCAUAUACGUCUCAGCAUAAGGUACGAUAAUAAUCAUGACUGGAAGUGUGGAUUCAUGGGAGGCGGAUAGGUUGGGCUCGGCACUUGGAUACCUAGGUUAAUGAAACAACAUAGCCUUCACACUAAGAUUGUCACGAAAAUCUCCGGAAACAUGGCAAGCAUGUUCAUCGCAGCUCUGUUUAUGAAAAUUUCAAACAAAGAAAAUCAGGUGUCUGUGGGAUAUGAUAGG